GUUCGGUGGUGGAGGGAGAGAGUCCAAGCUGAGGUGAUCUGACACACCGAGGAGGCGCAGUCAAUGAGGGAGCAAACCGAAAAGUAAACCGGUGUGAGUCCAAGACGCCCUCUGAACGCGAGGGUGGCGAGGAGGGACGAAGAGAAAUAUAUAAGACACAAAUCCCUCCCUGCGCUGACUAGGAAGAUAGGCGUCCGAUUGCACCGCAAAGAUGGGCAACCGGGGAAUGGAGGAUUUGAUUCCUCUGGUGAACCGUAUGCAGGAUGCCUUCUCCUCCAUCGGCCAGAACGCAAACCUGGACCUGCCGCAGAUCGCCGUGGUGGGCGGCCAGAGUGCGGGGAAGAGCUCGGUGCUGGAGAACUUCGUUGGGAAGGAUUUCCUUCCUCGUGGUUCUGGCAUUGUGACUCGUCGUCCUUUGGUUCUGCAGCUGAUGAAUUGUCCCACAGAGUAUGCAGAGUUUCUCCACUGUAAGGGCAAAAAGUUCAUAGAUUUUGAUGAGGUCCGGCAGGAGAUUGAGGCAGAGACUGACCGCAUCACUGGGGCCAACAAGGGCAUCUCCCCUGUUCCCAUCAACCUGCGUGUCUAUUCCCCUCAUGUGCUGAACCUCACCCUGGUGGAUCUGCCAGGCAUGACCAAGGUGCCGGUGGGCGACCAACCUGCAGACAUCGAGUCCCAAAUCAGAGAAAUGCUGAUGCAGUUUGUCACCAAGGACAACUGUCUGAUGCUGGCCGUCUCCCCGGCCAACUCUGAUCUGGCCAACUCUGACGCUUUAAAGAUUGCCAAAGAGGUCGACCCUCAGGGUAUGAGGACCAUUGGUGUGAUCACCAAGUUGGACCUGAUGGACGAGGGGACAGAUGCUAAAGACAUCCUGGAGAAUAAGCUGCUUCCACUCAGGAGAGGUUACAUCGGUGUGGUGAACAGGAGCCAGAAGGACAUAGAUGGAAAGAAGGACAUUAAUGCUGCCAUGGCUGCUGAGAGGAAGUUCUUCCUCUCCCAUCCUGCGUAUAGACACCUGGCAGACCGUAUGGGCACUCCCUACCUCCAGAAAAUCCUCAAUCAGCAACUGACCAACCACAUCCGGGACACCCUGCCGGGUCUGCGAGCCAAGCUGCAGAGUCAGCUCCUCUCCAUAGAGAAGGAGGUGGAGGAGUACAAGAACUUCAGACCUGACGAUCCGUCUCGCAAGACCAAGGCUCUGCUCCAGAUGGUACAGCAGUUCUCUGUGGAUUUUGAGAAGUGUAUAGAGGGCUCUGGGGACCAGAUUGACACGGCGGAGCUGUCAGGUGGUGCCAGGAUCAAUCGCAUCUUCCAUGAACGCUUCCCCUUUGAACUGGUCAAGAUGGAGUUCGAUGAGAAGGAGCUCCGCAAGGAGAUCAGCUACGCCAUCAAGAACAUUCACGGCAUCAGAACUGGCCUCUUCACCCCGGACAUGGCCUUUGAGACCAUUGUGAAAAGGCAGAUUGGGAAGAUUAAAGAGCCUUGCACCAAAUGUGUGGACAUGGUCAUUUCUGAGCUAGUCAAUACGGUUAGGCAGUGUACCAAGAAGCUGGCUCAAUAUCCCAUGUUGAGAGAGGAGAUGGAGAGAAUCGUCACCCAGCACAUCAGGGACAGAGAAAACCGCGCUAAGGACCAGGUGCUGCUGUUGAUAGACAUCGAGUUGUCCUACAUGAACACCAACCAUGAGGACUUUAUUGGAUUUGCCAACGCUCAGCAGAGGAUCAACCAAAUGAACAAGAAGAAGGCAGCUGGCAACCAGGAUGAAAUCAUGGUGAUCAGGAAGGGCUGGCUGACCAUCAACAACAUCGGUAUCAUGAAGGGAGGGGCCAAGGAGUACUGGUUUGUCCUCACCGCCGAGUCUCUGUCCUGGUACAAGGAUGAUGAGGAGAAAGAGAAGAAGUACAUGCUGCAGGUGGACAACCUGAAGCUGCGCGAUGUGGAGAAGGGAUUCAUGUCCAGCAAGCACAUCUUCGCCCUCUUCAACACCGAACAGAGGAAUGUUUAUAAGGACUACCGUCAGCUGGAGCUGGCCUGUGAGAGUCAGGAAGAUGUCGACGCAUGGAAGGCCUCCUUCCUCAGAGCUGGAGUUUAUCCUGAACGGGUCACGGAGAAGGAAGGAAAGAGUGAUGGUGGUGAUGAAAGCAGCUCUGACAACUUCAUGCACAGCAUGGACCCUCAGCUGGAGCGGCAGGUGGAGACCAUUCGUAACCUGGUCGACUCCUACAUGGCCAUCGUCAACAAGACUGUCCGAGACCUGAUGCCCAAGACCAUCAUGCACCUCAUGAUCAACAAUACGAAGGAGUUCAUCAACGCCGAGCUGCUGGCUCAGCUGUACUCGUGCGGCGACCAGAACACGCUGAUGGAGGAGUCUCAGGAACAAGCCCAGCACCGUGACGAGAUGCUGCGGAUGUACUACGCCCUGCGAGAGGCCCUGAGCAUCAUCGGUGACAUCAGCACUACCACCGUAACCACUGCCAUGCCACCGCCUGUGGACGACUCCUGGCUGCAGGUGCAACGGGGCGGCUCCGGAGGAAGGUCUCCAGCCACCAGUCCAACUCCAAACCGCAGAGCUCCACCGGGACCUCCGGCCCGCCCAGGCUCGCGUGGUCCUCCACCUGGACCCCCUCCUGCUGGCGGACCCCCUGUCCCGUCUCGUCCUGGAGCUUCUCCUGACCCUUACAGUGGGCCGCCACCCACCGUGCCCUCCCGGCCUAACCGCGCACCCCCAAGCGUGCCCAGCCGGCCAAGCAAGGGUGGGCCCUCUCGCCCUGAGAGCCCCUUGCCGCCAUUCGACUCUUAGAAGAAACCCCCCCCACCCACUUCCUCUCUUUUACCUCCUCUCUUCUAAAACUCCAUUGCCCAUCAGCUGCGAAACAGACUGCACCAUCCAUCACUCACUCACUCACACACACAAGGGAGGAGGGCUUAAAUGAAUUAAGAGGGGUAACAGACUCCUCAUCUUCAGAUAUCUGGACAGAUAGGGGAGCUGCUGCUCUUCAUCCUUGCUUUCCCUCUUCCUCCCUUUGCUGUAGGACAGGAGGAGUGAUCAUGUGAUGGACUGUCUGGAUCCUUUUUUUUUUUCUUUUCCUUUUGCUUGUUGUAGCGUCCAGAUUGCCUCACUGCCACUAAAUCCACCUGUGUUUUCUCGGGUAAUCGAAUCACUUUGAGUGUAAUCUCACACAACUGUGACAAAACCACCUCUUCAAACGUUGUUGUCUGUGCUUCCACAGAACCUAUGCAACAAAGAAAAAUGGUUUCCCACUUUUCCCACUUCCCUCCUCUCCUCUUCACGAAAACGUUGUUACUGCAUUAUCUUAUGGAGGUGGGAUCUAAGUUGAAAGUGCAAUAUAAAGGAUGUUCUUCUGCAGACAGCUGCAUGCCACCAGUCAAACAAGAGCCAAGUAGACUUUCAACUAGGGCAUCUGUGGCCUGGGCUGCACCCUGCGUUCCUUAUGCAUCCUUUUAAAGUUUUUAAGUCAGCUCUGUUCACAUCAUGCAUCAAAAUCUUCUGAUAUACUCACAGGAAAACUUUUCAGGUUGAUAAUCUGCCAUGUCUUUUCUGUUUUUUCCUCCUUUUUUUUCUUUUCUUCCCUCUCUCAGUGGUCACGGGGGUGAGUGAGAACAUGAAAGCAGCCACAGUCUAUGCAUAAAACUAUCAAACGCUCCUUCUGUUUCACCUUCACUUUGCUGUGUGAGAGCCUGUGAGUCGAACCCAUCUUUUCACCUCUUUUUCCAUCCGCUGAACUCUGCUGUCAGUGUGUGAUGUGUUGUAUUUUGACCCCAAACAAAAGAUGACAAAAACCCACCAGCCACAACAGAGCCCAUCUCUGUACCUCAAUUGAUGUAAUUUACAAACUACCUGAAACACUUCAGUCACCCCAUGAUGUAUCUUAGGACUUCACGACUGCAAAGCAAACACAAUAAAGCAUAUCCUACUCAUUAUUUAACGUUAAAUAGUUUAUUAUGGACAUAUCUUAAUGCGUUAUUCUGUAUAUGUGUGGUGCAUCUUAUGGGACUUGUACUUCCACUGUCUAGAGAAAUUAGUCUGCAAUGUAUGAAAUUGCUGAAUAUUUAAAUGAUUAUGAAUAAAUGAGUAUCUGUAUAAGGAAUUAAUAUUUGAAAAACUUACAAAAAAUAUAUUAAUGCAGUGAUGUAUAUGGACGUCUGCAGGUUGUUUGAUACUAUAGGUUGUAGGAGAGAGGGUUUUUUUUUUCUUGUCUCUCUCUCUCUCUGUGUGUAGAAGAGCAGGGAGAUACAGUGUGAAUGUGUGAACUCCUGCAGAAACCAGGCCCUGCAUCUUGUUCAAACUGAUGUGGAUGAAAGGAUGACUUUACUCUGCAGGACUGCUGUGCUUUGUCAACACAUUAAA